CCCGCCGCCCCGGAGGCAGGAUGAGCAUCGAGAUCCCGGCGGGGCUGACGGAGCUGCUGCAGGGCUUCACGGUGGAGGUGCUGAGGCACCAGCCCACAGACCUGCUGGAGUUCGCGCUGCAGCACUUCACACGCCUGCAGCAGGAGAACGAGCGCAAAGGCGCCGCGCGCUUCAGCCAUGAGGGCAGGACCUGGGGGGACUCGGGCGCCGCCGCCGGGGGCGGCACCCCCAUCAAAGGAGUCAACUUUGCCGAGGAGCCCAUGCACGCCGACUCCGAGAACGGGGAGGAGGAGGAGGCCGCGGACGCAGGGGCGUUCAACGCUCCAGUAAUAAACCGAUUCACAAGGCGUGCUUCAGUGUGUGCAGAAGCCUAUAAUCCGGAUGAAGAAGAAGAUGAUGCAGAGUCCCGGAUUAUUCAUCCAAAAACUGAUGAUCAAAGAAAUAGAUUGCAAGAGGCUUGCAAAGACAUCCUGCUGUUUAAGAACUUGGAUCCGGAGCAGAUGUCUCAAGUAUUAGAUGCCAUGUUUGAAAAAUUGGUCAAAGAAGGGGAGCAUGUAAUUGAUCAAGGUGACGACGGUGACAACUUUUAUGUCAUUGAUAGAGGAACAUUUGAUAUUUAUGUCAAGUGUGAUGGUGUUGGAAGAUGCGUUGGUAACUACGAUAAUCGUGGAAGCUUUGGCGAACUGGCCUUAAUGUAUAACACACCCAGAGCAGCUACAAUCACCGCUACCUCUCCUGGUGCUCUGUGGGGUUUGGACAGGGUAACCUUCAGGAGAAUAAUUGUAAAAAAUAAUGCCAAAAAGAGAAAAAUGUAUGAAAGCUUUAUUGAGUCACUGCCCUUCCUUAAAUCUCUGGAGGUUUCUGAACGCCUGAAAGUGGUAGAUGUAAUAGGCACCAAAGUAUACAACGAUGGAGAACAAAUCAUCGCUCAGGGAGAUUUGGCUGAUUCUUUCUUCAUUGUAGAAUCUGGAGAGGUGAAAAUUACUAUGAAAAGGAAGGGUAAAGCAGAAGUGGAAGAGAAUGGUGCAGUAGAAAUUGCUCGAUGUUCUCGGGGACAGUAUUUUGGAGAACUUGCCCUGGUAACUAACAAGCCUCGAGCAGCUUCUGCACACGCCAUUGGGACUGUCAAGUGUUUAGCCAUGGAUGUGCAAGCAUUUGAAAGGCUUUUGGGCCCUUGCAUGGAAAUUAUGAAAAGGAAUAUCACCACCUACGAAGAACAGUUAGUGGCCCUGUUUGGAACAAACAUGGAUAUUAUUGAACCCACUGCAUGAAGAAAAAGUAUGGCGCAAGAAGAUCUCUAGUGACAAAAUUACACAGUAGUGGUUAGUCCACUGAGAAUGUGUUUGUGUAGAUGCCAAGCAUUUUCUGUGAUUUCAAGUUUUUCCUUUUUUUUUUUUUAAAUUACAUUUCCAAUGUAUCAGUAAACAGAGUAGUGAUUUAAUAGUCAAUAGGCUUUAACAUCACUUUCUAAGUACUUAGAUCAUUAAAAAUUCUACGUACUGAUAGAAUGACAUUCCACUCCAUAAGGUUAUGUUCUGACUGAAAAGUUUUAUCCAAAUGAUUGUAAUAUACUGGAAGAAUAAGUGUUUAAGAAGAUAAUUAAAGGAUAUUAUAGGUAAUGCAAGAUGUGUUCAUUUCUACUUAUUCAGACUGAUCUGUUAGCAAGUAUGCCCAUGUGAGAGGGAACUUAGUAAUGAAUCAUGCUGUAUAGCAUGGCAUCACAUUCUUUUUGCAAAUCAUAUUAUACAGUAA